GCCAGGCUUCCCGAUCCCAGAGAUGAAAUCGGCAUUGUACGAGCCCUCCCCUUUCAACCCUCGCCAUCUCUUGAGGGAGUUUACCGUACGAUCCUCUUAUUUCUCCAAUCAUGUCCCGGAGAUCUCUAUCCAGAAUUCUUGACAUUCGCCGGCACUGGCCGGGCCGAAAGGAGAAUCCAUAGGCGGAGGACGACAGUGUGGCGUGUGCGGCAUAUUAGCGGCUAUAGGAACGCCGCGAAGGACGGCGAUAAUGUUAUCUGGCAUCUUAUCGACCUCAGCGCCGGCAAUUUCUUGACCUAAGGAGGUUCAGGCUGCCGGAAUACUUAAAUGAACCAAACUUUGUGAGCGAUGGCUAUCCAGAGUUCUCCGGGUGAGUUGCGUCCUCACUUUUCUCUCGAAUUCACUAGCAGUUCAUAGCAUAUUGUUUUAACCAGGCAGCUUGCCAGACUUUUGUUCUGUGUUAAUUGUCAUAUGAUGCGAUGUGUGUAUGAGAAGACUUGAUCAUGAAAGUCUCGAGUAUCCCUUCCUUGCUUUCGUGGGGGAAAUCGGUUCUUGUUACAGACUCUCCAUGUAUUCUCCGAAGUACGUUUAUGAAAGGCAAAGUAGAGAUGAUGAUACCUGGUUUUUGUGUUCAUCUCUCUGGCUCUAUGAGUUUGUAUUUGGUUCCAUUUCCUCAAACUAGAUACAUUUGAAUUCUUGAGUUAUAAGCGAACAAGAAAGCUGUGACUUUGCUGAGUAUCUAUCUCAUUAGUCAAUAUUUAGUUAUGAUGUUUCAGUUUAUUUCAGGGUUCUUAUGUACCAUAUGGCGUAUCUGAUGACCUCAUUUCUUCUGGGAACAUACGAGCUAUCUUGGUAGCUGGCAACACCAACUGCCAUAAGCCAUUGAGGGGUUGCAUAAAGAUGCCAUUUGAGAAAUCACAUUGCAAGCAAGGGUGAAGCACUUACGAUGAAUUUGUGUACUGUUCUGAAUCUGUGGCCAACUCCGUGAGCCUUGGGGGUCUUGUUAUCCAUUGUGGAUGGAACUCUAUUGUCGAGAGCCAUUAACUGAAGGCGUUCCCCUGAAACGGGACUGUAGAUAUGUGACUCUUGUAUUGUAUGGAAGCUGGGAAAGAUGGGUUUUUUUGGAAUUGUGAAAAAAUUGAUGAUCUAUCAAGAAGGGAAAGAGAUGAGGAAAAGAGGAUUAGGACUCUCAAGGAAACAGAGGAAAUUGGCACCAAAAAAACUUAAAACUCGGGGGCAUCAGGUAAGUUCUAGGAAUUGUCGUGUACCUUGCAUCUCAUGGCCACAGACCACAGUGAAUAGUUCAGGUACUGGUCAUUAAUAUCAGCAAAACUGUUACCAGCUGUUACAAAAAUAAACGCACGUGCUUGAAUUAUGUCGAAUUCCAUAUCUGGGGGAAACGGGACAUGUGCUUACCGACAAAGACGGUAUGAAGUCAAGCGUUACAUAUAUGGUUUGGUUCCCAUACCUUUCUAUGGUAAGCUGCUGCAACUUGGCAUUUUACUUGUUGUUGUUGAACUUCCAGUUACAUGUCAUGUCAUCUGGAUCUCUCUACUGUUUCCUCGUGCCAAUAAGCUGACAUCAAGGUGCACGUCUGCUACCCACGUUCCCCCAUGGCCAAUAUUUAAUAUUCAUAUCCACGUCGUCCCCCACCCACCACUCCAAAAGGUGAUCUUUAUGAUUUCCUUUUAAACCACCCACAUCUACUGCUAGUUCAUCAUAUGCUGGUUUGAUUUUCAGUUGUUUACAGACAGUACUAGUGUGCAAGGCAACUAGGUAUCAAAAUCUAGAUGGGGAGCGAAGGAGGAGAAGUGAUUCGACCACACCAUCUGGUGUUAGUCCCAUGUCCUUACCAAGGCCACAUCAACCCGAUGCUUCAGCUUGGCACCAUACUUCAUUCCAGGGGAUUCUCCAUUUCCAUAAUUCACACCCAGUUCAACGCUCCUUGUCCCAGGAACCAUCCUGAUUUCAGGUUCAUACCCAUACCAGACGGCUUACCUGACAGCCUCAUCUCUUCUGGGAACAUACCUGCUAUCUUGUUAGCAGUCAACGCCAACUGCCACACGCCCUUGAAGGACCGCGUGGCUCGAAUGAUGCAAUCUGAGAAGCCAAACGGGAAGGUAAGCUGCAUAAUUUAUGAUGAACUCAUCUACAGUGCUGAAUCUGUGGCCAACUCUCUCGGCAUCCCAAGCAUCAUGCUGCGAACCAAUACUGUCUCCACCUUCCUCGCACGUGAUCUCAUUCUGCGACUAAUUGACCAAGGCCAAACCCCUCUGCAGGAUUCAAUAAUGGAGGAACCAGUGCCGGAGCAUUACCCCCUCAGAUACAAAGAUCUUCCCACAACCAUUUUCAAGCCAGUGAGCAACUUCGUGGAAAUGGUCGAGAAUCUCAGGCUCGUCAGGACGAGUUCAGCUGUCAUAUGGAACACCCUGGAUUGUCUGGAAAACUCGUUACUCGAUCAAGUGAAGCAGCAAUGCCAAGUUCCAAUCUUCACGGUGGGACCGAUGCACAAAUUCGCCCCGCAGCUCUCCACCAGCUUACUAAAGGAGGACUACAGCUGCAUCCCAUGGCUGGACAAGCAGGCAGAGAAGUCGGUGAUCUACGUGAGCUUGGGGAGCCUGGCCUGCAUAAGCCAGCACGAGCUGGCCGAGAUGGCAUGGGGACUAACAAAGUCCAACCUUCCCUUCCUGUGGGUUGUUCGACCCGGCCUGGUACGUGGAACACGUAAUAUUCAAGAGUCGCUGCCUGAUGGGUUCAAAGAAGGCGUCGGGGAAAGAGGGCGGAUCGUGCAGUGGGCGCCACAGAAGGAAAUUUUGGCACACAAGGCCGUAGCAGGGUUUUGGAGCCAUUGCGGAUGGAACUCUACUGUCGAGAGCAUUGCUGAAGGGGUUCCCUUGAUUUGCAGGCCCAACUUCGCCGAUCAGAAGGUGACUGCGAGGUAUGUGACCCAUGUAUGGAAGGUGGGCAUGCAGCUGGAGGAGGAGUUGGAGAGGGAACAGGUGGCGGCGGCCUUGAGAAGGCUGAUGGUGGAGAAAGAAGGGAUAGAGAUGAGGAAAAGAGCGAUGGAGUUGAAGGCAAGAGUGGAGAUUGGGACCAGGAAAGGUGGUUCAUCAUUCAAUGAUCUGGAUAAGCUGAUUAAGACUAUCAGGUCAUUCUAGUCCCCCUCAGGCUCAGACUCAGAGUCCCCACUCCCCCCUGCCUUGUUCGUUUUUGUGUGUGCGUGUUGGCAUGCUGGGGUGUUAGUUCACGUCUCUUCCAUAUUUCUCAGUUAUCCAACAUUGUUGGUUCUUGUCACUUCGAUCCCUUGUGAUCCAUUUUGUGGGCCAAUUAUGUUCUCUUUGUAGUGUGAGCCAAUAUAAUAGGGAGAUAAGAUUGGACUAGCAGUAAUAUUAUUGGUUUUUUGUUCUUUUUGGUGGUCAUUAUGUUUCCUGUCAUAAUCCAUAGGUUUGAAUUUGAUAGUGGAUCUUGAUUCUUGUAUGAUAUUUUGGACCGUUUGUUCUUCGUUGUAGAGUAAUAAUGCUUGACAAGUCAC